UAUUUUGACAAGAAAUUUAGGGCUCUUCCCAUCUGGUCGAGAAUGAAGUACCAGAUCUCCCAGACGGCCUACGUCAAGCUUGCGCUCCACGCCCUCAAGCACAGAUCAGCAGCUGUGAAUGGGAUUCUAGUCGGCAGAGUAAGCGGCGGGGGCGGCGGCGGAGGGGCGGAGGAGGAUUCCGCCUCUACCGUCUCGAUUGUGGACUGUGUGCCCCUCUUUCACGGCCAGUUGGGUUUGCUUCCCAUGCUAGAGCUUGCUUUGACACAGAUCGAAGAGUAUUUUUCCUCCCAUCAAGAGGGCCUUAGCAUUGUUGGAUGCUACCAUGCGAAUGAGCGAUUUGACGACUACGAUCUGAGUGGAAUCCCUCGAAAGAUUGGCGAUCACAUUGCUCGCUAUUUCUCCUCGGCUUGCGUCCUUCUGCUAGACAACAGGUUGCUAGAGUCGCUCGCUAAAGCCGGAAAAAAACCGGCUGUCCAGCUUUUUACACGCGAUUCCUCUCGAGGAUGGCGCUCGGCACCAGGAAGCAGUGAUCUCGUCCUCGCCGAAUCCACCGCGAACGAGAUUCUCUACGAUUACAUCCUGGAAGGGAGGGAGCAAAGUGUCACAGACUUUGACGAUCAUUUGGACGAUAUAAGCAAGGAUUGGUUGAACCCAGGCUUGUUCGAUUGAUCAGCAAAAGUACUACAAAUUUAUAAAUGGCCCAUAAGAAAAACUCCUUGUUGCGUUGUCAACGCUCGGUCAAUGUGGUCAAUGAGGUCAACAUUUUUCUUGCAUGAGAUAGUCCGCCAGCAGACUAUAGGCCGCGGACCGUGGACCGUGGACUCUCCCUAAUAGUGUUGGGUGACAAAGAAGCACGCAGCCCUGGCGAUGGCGGCAGCCAUGCUCUUCCCGAUUUCCUCGCCCGGAUUCUCUCAGUGGCGAUUUGGGCGCCGCAAUUUCCAAGAGCGCCACCGUAGCGUCAAGCUAAGAUCGUCCAAUGCGGCCCAUCCAAUCGCCGCCAAGAACAACGGCCAAUUGGAUGGCGAUCGCGCCGGGAAGGACGCCAGAGAUGUCUUGGGCGGUGAUCCAGCUGCUUGCUGCUCUCGGUGUGGAUCCAGUGGCUCUGUGCAGUGCUUGACAUGCUCGGGGACGGGACUGUACGUGGAGUCCAUUCUAGAGAGCCAAGGGAUCAUCGCAAAAGUCCGAUGUUUGGGUUGCGGUGGCGCUGGAAGAAUCAUGUGUCCUCAAUGUGGAGGACGAUGCCAUGCUUGAAGAUCUCCCAUCUUUUUGUAAAUAAACCAUGGUUUUGCUAGAAAUCUUCUCAAGAGAUAACUAUCAAGUUUUU